ACAUUUGUUUUCAGGUUAGGCUCAUUCUAUUGUCGUUUUAACAACAUGAUGGGGAUCACACCGAUAUGUGCUAGCGUAUUCACAAUGAUAGUGAUGAGCAUUGACAGGUAUUGGGCUAUAGUGCAUCCAAUGCGAAGACGUCCUGGAAAAAAUGCAACAGUGGCUGUGAUAUGUCUUAUCUGGAUACUUGCAAUAAUAUGUGGUGUUCCAGCUUUUCUUGCUUCAAAGGUAUGGAUUGAGUAG